GUGAAAGACUUGCAUUUAAUUUUUUACUAAAGAAAAAGUAUGAAAGUAUUAGCAUCAAAUAUACCAAGUAAAAGUACUCAUUACGUAGAAGGCCAUCAGUUUAAUGUUGAAGUGUGAUGAAGACUGAAAACAUAUUGCACCUAAUAUUGUUGUGGCUUUAUAUGGAGCAGGGUUCAUGUUAAAAAUGCCACUCUCGAGUGAAUGAAGAGUAUCUGUAGUUAGCUGAGGGCUCCAGCAGGGGGAGUGCAGAGCUGCUGAGCUACUUUACGCGGUGCACUUCGCUCCCUCCUCUCAGUCGGUACACUCAUGACCUGAGGGAAUUCUGUGGCUGCGUAUGUUUAACUCAUUUCUCCCCCUUUUAGGCUCUGCGCAGGAUGGUCAUACCUCAUGAGAAAUUCAUGAGGAACCAGUGAUGACGACCGUUAAGGAGCUGCUUUUGGAAACACUGGAUGAUCUUGGAGAUGAAGAGCUGAAGAUUUCCAAGUGGUUUCUGCAGCAAGCUGAAAUCCUGGAAGGCUUUCCAGCCAUCCCAAAAAGCCAACUGGAGAAGGCUGACAGGCUAGACACACUAGACCUGAUAGUACAGACCUACAAAGAACAGUGUGUGGAAGUGACCAAGAUGGUGUUGACAAAGAUCAGCAGGAAUGACCUGGUGCAGAGUUUGGCCAACAUCAGCUCAGGAGUCAAACCAAAGUCAGCCAACAGCAAUCAAACUGAAGGCUUCCUUGAGCCAGAACCUGACCCUUCAGAACUCAUUGCAUCAUAUCAGCGCACACUCCAGUCACACCUGCAGAACAGGUUUAUGUGUGCACAAGAAGGGUGGACAGAAAGGAUGGAUAAAAAACACCUUGAUGACAUCUACAUAGAGCUCUAUGUCACAUAUGGGAGAGCUGUAAACAUCAACAGGCAGCAUGAGGUUAGGCAGGUUGAGAUGGCAUCAAUAGAACCAUGCGGAACAGAGCAACCAGUCCAAACCAACGAUAUAUUCAAACACCCUUCUGGAAAAAACACACCAGUAAGAACAGUUCUGACCAGUGGGAUUGCAGGAAUUGGCAAAACAUUCCUUGUACACAAGUUCAUUCUUGACUGGGCUGAAGGACGAGCCAAUCAAGAUGUGCAUCUCACAUUCCCAUUCACCUUCCGUCAGCUGAAUUUACUGAAGGGGAGAAGGUUUCGUUUUGCUGAGCUCAUUCAUGAAUGUAUCAGGGAAACCAGAGAUAUCAGUAAGGAGGCUCUUAAUUAUAUCUUCACAAAACUACAGGCUUCAGGAAAUACCAACUAUGAUAAAAGUAAAUUUAAACUUCUGUUUGUUCUUGAUGGACUGGACGAAAGCCGCCUUCAGCUCGACUUUACUAACAAGGAAAAAUGUUCUGUUGAUGAGCCAUUGUUGGUGAAUGAUCUGCUGGCAUACCUCAUCAAGGGGAAACUGCUCCCCUCUGCUCGCCUCUGGAUAACCACACGACCAGCCGCAGCCAGUCAGAUCCCUCUUGACUUUAUUGACAUCUUGACAGAGGUGAGGGGAUUCACUAAUCCACAGAAGGAGGAGUACUUCAAGAAGAGAUUCAGAGAUCAGGAGGUUUGUGGCAGAAUCCUCUCCCACAUCAGGACAUCACGAAGUCUUCACAUCAUGUGCCACAUCCCGGUCUUCUGCUGGAUUGCUGCUACAGUUCUGGAGGAUAUGUUGAAAACCAGAGACAAAGAAGAGCUGGCCAAGACUCUGACUGAGUUGUACAUAGAAUUUUUGCUGUUUCAAAUCAGGCAGACAAGAGACAAGUAUGACACAGAGAAGAACAUUCAGUACAUUCAGUCGCUUGCAAAACUUGCCUUUCACCAACUAGAAAAGGGGAACCUGAUUUUCUACGAACAAGAUCUCAAAGAGAGUGGCAUUGAUUUUAAUGAAGCCUCUGUCUACUCAGGAGUGUUCACGCAGAUCUUUAAAAAGGAGCGCCACUCGAAGCAGACCCAGGAUGAGGAUAAGAUGUUCAGCUUUGUGCAUCUGAGCAUUCAGGAGUUUUUGGCUGCUGUUUAUGUGUUGCAGUCACUCAUUAACAGAAACAAAAAUGUAAUGGCACAACAACAGUUCAAGUUUCACAGUGUGCAGAUGCUUUUCAGCAAACCGUCUAUGGGAGAGGUCCAAAGAAUGGCUAUUAACAGGGCCUUACAGAGUCCUAAUGGACACCUGGACUUGUUCCUCCGCUUCUUCCUGGGUCUCUCCCUGGAGACCAGUCAGAAUAGUCUAGAGGGCCUUCUGAAACAGACGAUGAGUACUUCAGAAGGCAAUCAAGAAACAGUGCGGUACAUUAAGGAAAAGAUCAGAGAGAAUCCAUCUCCAGAGAGAUGCAUCAACCUGUUCCACUGCCUGAAUGAGCUCAAUGAUCAUUCUCUAGUGGAGGAGAUCCAGCAGUAUCUGAGUUCAGGAAGUUUGUCUACAGACAAACUCUCUCCUGCUCAGUGGUCAGCUCUGGUCUUCAUCUUACUGUCAUCAGGAAAAGACCUGGACACAUUUGAUCUCAGAAAGUACUCUGCUACAGAGGAAGGUCUCCUGAGGCUGCUGCCAGUGGUCAAGAACUCCACUGCGUUCUUCCUGAGUGGCUGUAACUUGUCAAACAGAAGCUGUGAGGCUCUGGCCUCAGUUCUCAACUCCCAGUCCUCCAAUCUGAGAAAGCUGGAUCUGAGUAAUAACAACCCAGGGGAUUCAGGAGUGAAACUGCUGUACGCUGGAAUGGAGAGUCCGUACUGUAGACUAGAAACUCUAAGCCUGAGUGGUUGUAAGCUAUCCUGGAGAAGCUGUGAAGCUCUGACCUUGGUGCUCAGCUCCCAGUCCUCCACUCUGAGAGAGCUGGACCUGAGUAACAACCACCUGGAGGAUCCAGGAGUGAAGCUGCUCUCUGCUGGACUGAUGAGUCCUUGUUGUAAACUGGAAACACUCAGGUUGAAUGUGUGUAACCUGUCAGAGAGAAGCUGUGAAGCUCUGGUCUCAGUUCUCAGCUCACAGUCCUCCUGUCUGAGAGAGCUGGACCUCAGUAACAAUAACCUGCAGGAUUCAGGGGUGAAACUGCUUUCUGCUGGAUUAGAGAGCCCACACUGCACACUGGAAACUCUCAGGUUGUCAGGCUGCCUGGUCACAGAAGAAGGCUGUACCUCUUUGGCUUCAGCUCUGACCUUGAACCCCUCCCAUCUGACAGAGCUGGACCUGAGUUACAAUCACCCAGGAGACUUGGGGGUGAAGCUGCUGUCUGUUGGAAAGGAGGAUCCACAGUGGAGACUGGAAACUUUCUGUGUGGACCAUAUUGGCACAAAGUGGUUGCAGUCUGGUCUGAGGAAGUAUGCCUGUGAACUCACCCUCGACCCAAACACAGCAAACGGUUACCUCUCUCUCUCCGAAGACAACAGAACGGUAACGCUGGUGAGGGAGAAGCAGCCGUAUCCUUACCACCCGGAGAGAUUCGACGACUGGAAGCAGGUGCUGUGUACAAACGGACUGACUGGCCGCUGUUACUGGGAGGUGGAGAGAAAAGGGUGGGUGUCUGUAGGAGUGACUUACAGGGGAAUCUGCAGGGGAGGAAAAGGUACUGACUGCUGCCUCGGGCUCAGCAACACAUCUUGGAGCAUGUGUUGCUCUCGUGACCGUUACGCCGCCUUUAACAACAACAGAAUGACAGCAAUAUGUGAGAGCACCUCCGUUUCUGACAGAGUAGCAGUGUAUCUGGACUGGCCUGCCGGCACUCUUUCCUUCUACAAAGUCUUGUCUGACACACUGAUCCACCUCCACACCUUCCACUGCACAUUCACUGAACCUCUCUAUCCUGCAUUUGGGUUUGAGUAUAUGAUUAAGGUCGACACCACAGUGUCUCUGUGUCAGAUCACAGUGUCUUAACAAACUCUCCACAGAGGGAGAGUAACUUGUACAAGAAUUUGUCCACUUUGAAAUUAAAAUCACUCAAGGUGUGUUUGUUUAUGAUGACACAUGAAAUGAUAGUUCUUAUGAACUAUUUUCUUUGGUGUCUCUUUUGUAGGUUUCACCCCUUAACCUGAUAACAGUUUUCAAAUGUUAAAAGCAUGCAAUUUUAAGUUAAAGGUUAAAGGACGGGCUAAUAAGUGUCACCACAUGCAGAGACUGAAGAAGAAAGCCUGGGCUGAGGGACCAGCUGGAGCCUGUCUUAGUGGACUCUGCAUAUUCUCUCUCCAUGUGCUCUGGUUCUCCCAGCAUGUAUGUAAGGUCGGUUCUGCUGUUGGUGCCCAUAAUCAAAGCUCUCCUUUACAACUGUGGUUGGGUGCCCCACCAGAGCCAUGUAUUCGUUUCAGGAGGUGGUUGAGACCAAAAACAGAGCUAAUAGAGAGAAUACUGAGCUGGUUCCGAACCUCUUUUUUAAGAAGUACACCCAAAGCUCAGUCCGAUGAUUCAAAUGUGUUCAUUUAAACUUAUUUCAAAUUGGAUGUUAUUUAAUCGUAAUCUGUCAAAGUGCUUAUUGUCAUAUGCACAGAAGAAACACAUUUCCCUGUACAGUGAAAUUCUUGCUUUGCUGCCUGCACUGAAUGCCAAGACAAAUAAUGGAUGUUACAUUUUCAUACAGUUGAACCAUUGUUUAGUUUGGUUUGGUCAACUUUGCAGUUGAUCUACCACACAGCAUGACAAAAGUUCAGCAAUCCAAUCAUUUAUCCUUUAUGUUUAGUGAUCUCUUUCAAUGCGCAUCACUGCACUACUUGUUAUUGUAUUCAGUACAUGUACCUUAUUAUUUCAUCCUGUCUGUUUGCUUGUAAACUGUGUUUCACAUUCAUUUUAUUACAGUUGCACUCAAAUUAGUUUUUUAAAAAUAAAUAUUUACUACUGUGCUAGACAGUAACAUACGAAAACUAUUAUUAGCAUUAACCAACCACAGGUCCUUUAGCAAAGUAAACUUAUGACUCAAAUUAUUUCAUGUUAUAUAAAAUGAAAAGAUGUCCGCCAUCCUGCCUCAGUCUACCAAUAAGAUAAAGCAAAUAAACUCAUUUUGGAAAAACACUGAAAUAAAGGGAUUAUGUCUGAAAGGUAAACAUUCAGUCUGGCUUGACACCCGGAAACAAAUAUCACCCCACCUUUUGCAUCAACACUGGGUGUACAUCUUCAGAGUAAAGAAAAAACACACAAAAACACACACCUCAUGUAUCAGGACUGAACAACAUUUUAUUCUGUACUUUUCCAGAACAUCUGUACAAUACCAACACUUUUCAAGACCUGGAAAUAAUCACUUCUGUCAGUAAUCCAGGCUUUAUAGAGCCACAGAAGAACCCUGCUUUAAGCACAACACAGCACAACCAAACAGGGAUAUGAUUCUUCACUUCUAUUUCAGGAAGUGUGUUGCAAUCAACAUUUUGGCAAUGACAUAUAUUCUGCUAGGAGCUGCUUCUCAUAUAAACAUUCUAUAACAUAAUAAAACAAAUAAAAGGAAUGCCCUAUAUUAGUGAUCCCACUUAACACCUGGCAGAGGACCAGGGUUUGACAGAACAAAGACUGCCAGUGCUCCUCUCUCCAUUAACACGGCUGCAGACAGCUAAAGGCAGGCUGGAGGACAAUGGAAGGCAGACAGGAAAUACAACAAGCACAAAAGUCAUUUGUCUGACACCUUUUCUCAUCGUGUUGGAAAGCUUCUUGAAAACAAUAGAAGAAGGGUGGUAUGCUGAAGUUCAUGAACCCGUAUUUGGACUGAAAGUUCAAUACUUUUGGAAAUACUCUUAUUGCCUUUCUGGUACACAUAGCACACCGACUGGGAAAUGAGGGAAACAUGUAGCCUGUCUCUGUGAAAAGGUAAUAAAAUUCCCCUGCCCACAUCUCUAAUACUCACUGACAUAUACAUCUUUUAUGUGGAAUGUGUACAUAAUGGGCAACUGUUUGGCACAUUAUCCCUUGUAAAAUUGGGGAACUGACAUUUUCACAAUUUGUAUAGAUCAAACAAACAAGAUAACAGUUGAAUGAGUGAGCUUUAAAGGUGCUUCUGGGUGGAUUUUUUUAAUUACCUAUGGGCAGAGAGAGGAUAGACAUUUCCCCGAGUCUUCGGUCUUUAUGCUAAGCUAAGCUAAACAACAGGUGGCUGUAGCUUCACAUUUACUGUACAGACAGGAAGUGCUCAGUACAUAAGCAUCGAACAAGUGUAUUUCCAGAAAUAUAAAACUACUCUUUAAAGAAUAGACUCAGAUUAUUUAUCUUCAUCUCAGUGCAAUACUCAUAUCCUUUAUACAUAUUGGAAGUGUUACUAUGACUAGUUACUCCAGCCUCUCCUCACUAGGUUUGAAGAGAUCCAUUCCCAAUGUUUAAUGUAAAGUUGCAUUGUAAAGUUAACCUGAAGCCUCUAUGAAGCGUCAACAGUCUGAGUUAGUCAAAUCAAUCUUGGAAGAACAGCAAUAAACCUAUAUGUGAUUACCAGUAUGAACCAUAAACUAUAAAAUAUGGGUGAAUCUUUCUGGGUGUGACAAGUGAAGCCAAAGCAGUGCUAUAAACUUGCAUUCUUUCUAAAUGAUAAGCAGGGGCAAUUCGUCUGAUUCCACCAUUUAGAGGAACAAACAAUGAGAUAACAAGAUGAUGACCCCAGUGAUGCCAAACCUGAGGCUUCAAAAUGGUAAUCCCUACACUACUUCUAUAUACAGUCCAUGGGGGAAAAAAAAACUUCUGCUGGACUGAAACGAGGACUGCAGAUUUUGUCCCAUUUCUUAGAACUGACUGGAAAGGGAAUUCAAGGUGAAACGAUUACAACAGUCAAUAACACUUUCAACACACACAAGGCAUGUGAGAUGACUGGAUUAAAAUGAACCUGAAAAAAUCCAAAACUUAUUCUUUUGGAGGGUUUCCUCUCCUGUCUCUUCUGAGAGAACCUAAACUCUGUGUGUUCACACUGAAAGGACUGAAACUGAAAAACUUUGGCUAAUGAGAUUUCAGAUUCACAGAAACAAGAAUUAGCUGAGUACAAGGUUUAUCUGUUUAUUUUCAUCAAGAAGCUUUUUGUCAGGAAAUCCCAUAUUUAAGUCAUAACUCAAAUUAUGUAGAGACCAGUGCCAAAGCAGUGAAAGUGCUUGAUUUGCACUGUGUUUAACCAGAUGAAACCAAUGCCUUUGGUCGGCCCUAAUUCAGACAGAAUGGUUACUUACAGUGCGAACACAUAGAAAGUUAUGUGUGCUUGACUCCAGUAGUUCCCUGAAGCCUGGGUGGAUCUAGCUAAAGCACGGGAUGGUUUUGGUUUGUAUCUUGACAAAUUAAUCAUAAGAGCCAGCAACCCAAACAGCAGGGUUUCCAUAUAAACAAUGCACCCUAAAAACUGUAAAUAAGCAUUUGUUUCAGCACGACAAUGAAAAAGCAGCAUAACAAAGAGUAUAAAGGUGGAUGUCAAUGAAACUGACAAUUCUCUAACGGCUUCUUAUCUGGUAAACAGAUUUCAACAGCACUAUUAGAACUGAGAGUUAAGCAAAACUUUUGUAUAAUACACAGGAAUCACUGUAUUGAGAAUUGCGAGCUGCUGAUGUUUUACGUGGCCCGGUAGCAGAGGCGGAUGAGGUCCGGACUGAAAGAGCUGUGGCGUAGCUUCACCCUGGCCAGAGGAGACAAGGCACGUGACUCGCAAAGCCUCGCCAAAUAGUCACUUUCUCAAACUACCUUCUAUUGUUAAAAAGGUUCGUCUUUCCUUCUUCCCCUCUCUAAUUC